GUAGUAGUCUGAGUAAACCCUGGAGCAGUAACGCUAGAAGAAGAAAGGGUACUGGCUGGCGAAGCCUCUGGGUAAAACACUGGUUCGGUCGUGACAACGAGAAUGAGGUAAACCGCGGACAGAUUGAUCUCCAACAGUGUGUGGAGUUGGCUUCCUCGGUUUCCUAAAGAGCCAGUGAGUCUGCAGACCAACAGAGACAACAUGGCCGCUACAACAGGAGCACUAUCAUGGUUAUUGAUUUAGGCGAGCUGCUCUGUCGUGUUGUUAAAAUGUGUGAUCAGAAAAAUGGCGGGGACCAUGGUGCGAUGCUAAACAGUGAAGAUGUCGACGAGCUGUCAGCCAGUGAUGAAUCUGAGCCCGAAGAGCUACACCGCAGUGCUCCCUUUGACCCAGAGCUGGACGACGAUGACGAUGAUGAUGAUGACGAUGAUGGCGGGGAGGUUGUGAUUUCUGCUCCAGCUGCUGGUCACAGAGUUCAGACUCCAUUUAGUCUGAGGGGAGGGAGCUCAGCUUUCUCAAACCGCAGCCACAGCAUCUUUGAAUGCCUGGACAGCGUGGCCCGGCUGGCUUCCUCCUCUCGGACCCAGGAGAAAGUCACAGACGGAGUGUUUGCUCGGCCUCUGCCUCCACGUUCCAGGAGGAAGAUGAGCCAGCCUGCGUCCACCUGCCCCACACCAGCAAAGAAGAGAGGAGUCCCGGACUACCUGGUGCACCCUGAGCGCUGGACCCACUACAGUCUGGAAGAUGUGGAAGAGACCAGCGAUAAGGACAACAGGAAGGCAGCUCACCACUUCCUGACCAGUCUGCAACAGAGGAAAGGGCAGCAGGAGAGCCAGAGUGAUACCUCCUGUAACAGCCAACAGAAGAUGAUCUUCUCAAGACCCUGCGGGACUCCAAAGGAGCAACCUGCGGAUCAGCUGUCAGUUGUUCCUGCGGAUCAGCUGUCAGUUGUUCCUGCUGAUCAGCUGUCAGUUGUUCGAGGCAAAGAGAAGGAGACACGCCUCAGUCAUCUGGAGGAGGUUGUCGAGGAUGAGGAGGGCAGGGAGAAAGAGAUGGCUGGAGGAAGGAGAACAGACCAGAGAGUAGAGAAAGCUGAGGAAAGGUUGAGAGAUGAAGAAAAAGACACAAAGGGAGCUGUGGGUCCACCAGAGGAGAAGAAACGGGUGCAAAAAGAAACAUAUGAGGAGGAGGAGGAGAAGGAGAUGGAAGAGAUGGAAGAGGCCAACCCAGCCUUUACCUCCUUCAGGAAGACUAAGCGCAUGAACUACAGGAAGAGCUCCAGGCAGGAGGACAACUGAGCACAACACAGCUCUCUCACGGCUCAUCACUGUCUCAAAAUAAUACAAACAAACAACUGCUGUUGUCUAUUCAAAUGUGCUGACUUUACUGUACAGCGUCACCAAACCUGAACCGUAACAAAAGCAGACCUUUUCUGGUUGAAACCUCCGACUCGCAUCCAACGUCUCCCAUGGGUAUGGUUGGAAAUGUGUUUGUCUGCACCGGUUGCCAUGCCAACCGUGAACCAUGGAUUAAACUUCAUUAAUCUGUUCUGAUGUUAGCAUGCCAGCUAAAUAGCGUACCACAUAGUGAGAUAAGAUAGUUUUACUUCCACGACUCAGGAUUAUUUCAUUGGCUGGCCACAUUUUGUGGGUUUUCAAUGUAAAAAUAAAGACCCAUUUAUUCAUCUUUUUUAAUAAGUUUGAAAACAUACAGAAAGUCAACGUGACAGUUUUCAACUUUGUCAUGGAGCUAACGUUAGCUUCCUUAGCUAGCUGCCGUGAGGAGCUCCUUCUUUCUCAGCCCUGUCAGUUUUAAACUCGCGGUUAAUGUAAAUUGAAACAAAGCUCCUUGGUGAUGGUUAGGCAACCAAAUUAGUUACUUGAUUUAGUAAAACAUCAUGGUUUGGCAUGAAAUAGCUAGUAUGUGAUGUUGUUGAAGUUCCAGACGUAAAUUAAAAUAAAUCAAUGUUGACAUUUGGUUUCAUAAAGAAUACUCAGCGGCCUCCUGGGUGAACGUCUAGAGUUGGUCUGACCUCAUUCUGCAGAAUCAUUUGAGAUGAAUCAAAAAUAUAAUUUUUAUAUACACUGUAUCUAUAAUAUUUCCCUUAAAGCAUAAUUGAAAAUGCAGUUUAGUUGAAGGUGAAAUAAUUACAUCUGCUGCUGUAAUAAAUGCAAACUUUAACUGCUGAAAAUCAAAGCUUGACAGGUUAACAACAGUAAGUAAAGAGGGCGGAGCUGAGAAUCAUCAGUUGAAUCUGAAUCAGCCUGAAAGUAAAAGUAAUAAGUCAAUGAAAUGUCUUAAUUUGUUAUUGUGAAUAAAGACACGAGGGCAGUGAGUACAUCCUGUGUAGCUGGUCAGAGUUUGGAGGGAAAUACAAAUCUGUGUAGGAACUUUUUAAAUUUUAAAUUUGUGUUGAUGGUAAUUUGAUUCAUAUUUCUUGUUGCAUGUUCUGUAUUUUGGAAUAAUCUCAAUUAAAAUUUUUGAUUUAUAUUAA